CCAGUCGUGCCCAGACUUAUACGCGUAUGAUAACAAAGCAGAUGUGUCUCUGCCGACAGAUCUGACGGGAACCCACAAACGAUUAGCUGCAGACUCUUUGACUUAGACUGGAAGGUUUCCUUUUGUGGCUCCUGUGAGUCAUCGGUGGAGUUGUGCGUCGCAGCCCCCACAGCGUGACAGAAUUCCACGUAAACGCACAAGUUGAUUGUUUUCUCGCUCAUCCUGACGUGACAGUCAUCACUGUGGUUGGAGUGCGUUUGUUGUCCUUGCGUGAGAGCGCGACGGCUUGAGUCAAGGAUGUUUUUAAUGCAGCCUGUCAACUGUCCAAUCCACCGUUCCACCAGUAAACAAACAAAGGUUUGCUUCCACAAUGAGCGUAUUAGUAACUACAAACAUUUAUGAGUGGUUGGAAUCUUAGCACCGACUGGUUCCUUCGCUUCCUCAUAUCUAGUUUGUUGCAAAUGGUUUCAUAGGGGUUAAGUAAGAAAGCACAUGAUCAGUUAUUUGAUAUAUAAAUGUAAAUAUGACAUAUUAAAUGUAUACAAGCCAAUUAUUAGUAGGAAAAAGCGAAUCAUUUUUUAUAUUUCUGUUAUUGAGCUCUUAUAAUAAUCAUUUAGCUUUUUUUAAGCUGAACAGUCGCUAAAACCUGUAGCUUUAAAUAUGCAAAGGCACAAACAUGGACGUAUUUGGACUGGACUGCGUUUGACUUGUGUUUGCACACAUUUGCUUACACUUCACACAGUGUGAAUAAUAUAAAGGCGCCUCAUCCGUCUCUUAUAUAACUCGCACACGCAUUCCUCACAGUGCUGCUACCAGUAACACUGUCACUGUUUGCCAAACACAGUGUGCCUGUUAUUGUCACAUAUCAGUGUUUAUUUCGAUGACUCUACAGAAAUGUAAAAAAAAAAAAAAGAAAAAGGAAAAUGAGGCUUGAUACGCAGCAGUCACAUGCUGUGCUCGCUGUGUGAGGGCUCCCAGGCCUUUCCAGCGCGUACUGGGCGCUCUGGUCCUGCAGGGAGGCCACCGGCGCCGCGCCUCCUCUGGCACCGCAGCGCUGUGAGCGAGGAGCAGUGUGGAGGGAGGAGGGUUGGACCGGCGCCGGAGCCUCGCCCAGCCCAGCAAGGCGAGACAGCCGCGCUUCCCACACUGAGUCAGACGCUCGCACACCGUCCGGAGCACAGCUGCUGCGCACGGCAUCCAGGGGUCCCCGGCGGCGCCACCUUCUCUGGGAGACGUCACGGCGAGCGUGUGGAUCGAUGCAGGCGGCGUAGACUCACUCUUCAGGAUCAGGAUCAGCCGGGCUUCAGCCACAAGCAGAGCGGCGUAGCAGUGGUGCUGCCACGGAAACCAGAAGAGCAGGAAGAGACUCUGACGCUCAUCCCUCCCACCGGAGGAAAGGUCCAAGUCGUCUCGGUGUCUGUGGGUGAAGCCUGUGUCGGGAUGCUGACAGACGAGGCCACGCAGAUCCAGGAGGUGAGGUACUGUCUGAAGACGCUGAGGGAGCAGAUGGCAGCCAGGCAGAACAGCAACAACAACAAGGGUGAAAGGAAGCCGUCGCCGCACCCAGCCAACGGCCUCAGACUCAACAGACCCGGCAGCCGUCCCGCGGUCACCGCCGAAACCGCCGUGGGUCCCGAGUCCAGUGCUCACGAGGAGAGUGUGAAGAUCAGGGAGGCCACCAGGCGCCUGUAUGCGCAGCUGAAGGAGAUGGACAAGAAGCAUCAGGAGGAGAGGGAGAAGCUGCAGGCCGAGUCCAGCGACUACCGCACGCAGCUGGAUGAGCAGUCCGAGCGCCUCCAGAAGGCAGAGAAGCAGUCGGAGGAGAGGGGUCAGCGGGUGGAGGAGCUGCAGAGGCUGCUGGGAGGCAUGGAGGCCGAGAACCUCGCGCUGAAGGAGAAGAUGGCCGCAGGCGAGGCGGAGCUGCUGCAGCUGAAGGAGAACGCGGAGGGCGGAGAGGAGGCCACCGAACGGUGUGCGGAGCUGGAGAAGGAGGUCGCGAUGCUGAAAGAAAAGAUUCAUCACCUCGACGACAUGUUGAGGUGUCAGCAGAGGAAAGUCCGGCAGAUGAUCGAACAGCUGCAGAACUCCCGGACGGUGAUCCAAGAGAGAGACCGAGUCAUCGGGGACCUGGAGGAGAAGCUGGCUUACCUGGAGGCGGAGAACAGAGAAAUGCAUGACCGCAUACAGUACUACCUGGCAGGCCAGGACCUUCCUCCACUGACGUCUACUGAGAACAAACCAGAAAUCGUUUACAGUAAACCACUCACACCGACAUCCUCGACCAACAAGAAUCUGCCGUUCAUCAAAGUCAUAGAGAUCAAGUCCUGAGUGACGGGUCGACCUGAGGAAUGACCAGAAGUAAAAGCUGUAAAAAUGUAUUUAAUCACUUGCAAAUAUACAAAGUGUAAGUCUGCAGUGACUCAUGGUGACGAAGCACAGUCGUUUCUUAGUACCUGCUAAUUUACUGUUCUAUAUGAAGGGACUCACUGGGAUCCAGAUCCAGGUAUAAAUACAUGUAUCUGUGCUGUAUGUAUCACGUCAGCAAGUGGAGAGCUAGAAAAACUCAGCAAAGCGUUGAAAAGUGUGCUUCUUAUCACCCAGGAAAUCUAAAGUGGGUGGUUUCAACAGGUCAAGAUUAUAAACAGUUAUCUUUGCUGUGACACAGACGCAUGCACUCUAUUCUUAGUCAAAGUCCUCAGUGCAGCUGAAUAACACAAAGUGAACACAUUAGUAUGAAUUAACUUAAUUAGGCUGAUUGAAAAUAACUUUAAUGGUGAUGCUACUCAUAGAUCUUCUCAUACUUGCUGUAAUAAUCGUACUAUAAGGUGUAAAUAAUAUAUUGACAGUAUCUAGAUAUUAAAACUCUUAACUGACACUUCUCACCUGUGUGGCCUCAGCAGACUAACUGUAAACUCUCUUUGUAACAAAUGCUUCACUAUCCAGAAUGGACUUUUUUUAACAAAUGUAAUAUCCAUUUACUGUGAAUGCUGUAGAUUGGCGCUUGAGUUCAGGAUGUGUACUUUUCUGUUUGUAGAUGUUGAAUUGUAUUUAAAGAUAAUAAAGUUGGUUCAUCUGA